CUCACGUUACGCUGAGGAACGUUUUCGUCAGUCUGCGAGUAACCGUCGUAGUGAGAAUAUGUAUACCCCCUGAUACAGUACUUUCGAUCGAGUUAUUUGCAGUCCGGAUACGCGUGUCAACGAAAGAUGCUUUACUCUCCAAGAGUUUUCGACAUUUCUCACAAUUCUUAUUGAUGCGCUUUAAGCUGUGCAUUAAUCUAUAACGAGAAUACUUCGUCACUUGUGUCUAAGUUCCUGACCAUUUCGUGGAUUGUGGUUGUUCCAAAAUAUCGUCAAGAUGAAAUGGAUGCUACGAUUCGCAUCAUGGCUGUCAUCCCUGCUAUUGACCGUAUUACAACCCCUCUAUUUAUUUUUAAAUCGCAACCAACCGCCGAAAUUACCUCCAGCGAAGAAUUCUCUUCUUCAACUGAGUGCAACUGAAUUGGCAACGAGAAUACGCCUCCGACAAAUUUCGAGCGAAGCUGUCGUAACUGCAUACAUCGAGAGAAUAAAAGAGGUGAAUCCAUUCAUCAAUGCCGUCGUUGAUGAACGAUACGAAGAUGCUAUUAAAGAUGCCCGUAAUUGCGACAAAAUACUGGAGAACGGAGAGAUCUCCAUUGACAAAAUAACGAGAACUAAACCUCUCUUUGGGGUUCCAUUUACAGUGAAGGAAUCUUGCGGAGUUAAAGGUCUCAGCCAAACUGGUUGUACGAGAAUCAGACGAGGGAUCAAGGCCUCGGAAAACAGUCCCAUGGUAUUGACAAUGACCAAGGUCGGUGCUAUUCCACUAUGCGUCACCAAUACUCCAGAACUUUGUUCUGGUUUUGAGUCAACUAAUCUAGUCUACGGUACAACAAUGAAUCCCUAUGACGGAAGACAUUCAGCUGGUGGAUCCUCUGGGGGAGAGGGGUCAAUCAUAGGAGCUGGUGCCUCUCUCAUAGGGAUUGGUUCUGAUCUUGCUGGAUCUAUUCGCGUACCGGCACUUUUCAAUGGCAUAUUCGGUCAUAAACCCACGCCAGGAAUAAUACCAAUCAAGGGACAUUUUCCAAUGUCGGAUGAUCCUGAGUUCCAGAGGUACUUGGUUGUCGGACCGAUGGCAAGAUUUGCUGAGGACUUACACUUGGCUGUCAGAGUCAUGUCAGCUGAUUGUAAACAGAAUUUACGGCUAGAUGAGCCAAUUGAUAUUACAAAACUCAAUUUCUUUUAUUUGGAGGAUGCUGGAAAAGCUUUCGGAAUAACUCCUACCAGUAAAGAUACAAGAAAUGCCAUUUUAAAAGCAGUUCAAUAUCUCGAAAAAGAAGGAUUCAAAGUUAUUAAGCCGGAAAUUGAUGAGCUAUCGGAAACUGCUGAAACUGGAAUUGCAACUUUAUUCAAUAUCCAAAUGCCGCGUAUUUUGUUGCCUUCUAGUACAAAGGACAAAGUGAAUCCUAUUUUGGAACUCCUCAAAUCAUUUUUAGGACAAUCUGAAUACUCCAGGUCAGCUAUUUUCAUGAGUAUUGUUAAAGAAUUGAAUGGAUUCAUAUUGCCGUCCGAUGUACCAAUUUGUUUGAAGAAAAUGGACGAUUUGAGAAUCAAACUCUUGAAACUACUUGGAGAUGAUGGUGUAUUCUUGUAUCCAACUUAUGUGAGUGCAGCACCGCUAUUCGGACAGGCUCCAUUAAGAAUAUCAGCUGGAAUGUAUUGUUUAAUAUGCAAUCUUCUCGGUCUUCCAUCCACGCAAGUGCCCAUGGGGUUGAAUGCCGCGGGAUUACCCAUAGGAUUUCAGGUUUUUGCUGCUCCACAUCAAGACCGUUUGUGCCUUGCUGUGGCCAAGGAAUUGGAGAAAGCAUUUGGCGGUUGGGUACCACCUACUCAAAUCUAAUUACAGUGAAAUAAGUACCUUUCAUGAUGUACAUUUCCUGUCACGCGUGGACAAUUACGAUAUUUAGAGUUCUGGAUUUGUUAUCAAUAAACGCUUGUUGAAGUUAUA